UGAAUACAUUAUGGUGUAGUUAAGGACGAGGGUGGUGGCUUAGUAUGGCUUAAUAAAUUUAGUUGUGUUAUGUAUGGCAUUGUAGACUAGCUAAUUCUGUUGUAAGUUUGUGUUGGUGUUGAAUUAAUUAUUGAAAUUAGAGUUAUGUUGUAGUAGUAUUUGUGCUAAUAUUCUACUAUGAACCUGGCGAUAGUGAGUACAUUUUUUGUUUAGUAAUGAGUACUUUAAAAUUUGUCUUAUGCUCUUGACAAAGGGUUAAAGUAUGCUUCAUUGAAAAGGCUGUUUUGAGGAUAUGAGUGAAUCAGACUUUGGAAGCAUGUUUGUAUUUGUAGUGGGAGGCAACCUCAUUGAAUGCAUUUGGCCUUUUCUGUGAAAUAUAAAGGGAUCCUGUUUUGUGUCAUUGUCUCAGGGAUUUUAUUAUAACUUGAAUUAUGUUACAGUACUUUUGUCAUUGCGGUGACACAAGCAAAUUUGGCAUAACAUAUGAUGUUUUCAGGUCAAUAACUUUAUGUGGUACUUGAAUUAAGAUUCAACUAAGAAUGAUUUCAAUAAUAUUUACACAGGCUUAAAUUCUAAUAAAGGCUAAUACACAGUACUUUUUAGGAUGUAGACUUAAACCUCACAAUUAACUAUAACAAGUUGGAAUAAUAAAAUUCUAAAUGGAUUUUCUACUUGUAAAUUUACCUAUUAAGGAUGGCUAGGUAAAGCACCAAUAAGUAAUGGUUAAUAAGAAAAUGACAGCUACGUUAACAGAUCUACGUGGAAGCUUAGUUCCCCAUAAUAGUAGAGGACUUUUAGGCAGCAAAUCUUGUUCUGUUGGCAAUGGUGGAUCGGAGCCAGGGUCGUAGCCAUCAACAAUUGCUGCAUGAGGAACCUUGAACUUAGUGUGGUCUUUAGCAGCACCUUCUAUUAGACUGCCUUGGAGGUGGUCUUCAACUUCCCAUUCAGUUUGAGCUCCCAUGGUUUGGGAGAUGUACUCAGCCCAUGCUAUUCUUGCAUCAUCAAUGUUUCUGAAGGAUUGGUAUGAGUUACCACUAAACCCAUCAACUUGUGCAUGGCAUGCCGGCCAAGUUGUAUAAAUUUCUGGGUUUUUCCCACGAAAAAUCACAUAGACUUUCUUGUUUUGUCUCACCAUGAUGGGUAAAGAUAUGAUGCAAAUUGUUUGUGGAAUUGUCUUCCUUGGUGGACUUUUCGUUCUUAUAAAGGAUAAUGAAGGGUGUAGUUAGGUGGAAUAGUUAAUGAGACCAUUUAAUUCUUUCAUGGUAUGACAAAUAUUUAAAUAAAUAUCUUAAGGCUCCUCAUAAAGCUGUUAUGAAUUAAGAAAAAGUUUGUCUGUUUGAUACAGUCCAUGGACAUAGGUUACCCAGGGAGGUCUGCUCUGGCUUUUUUUGUCUGCAUAUGGAGACAAAAGAUGUUAACAACAAAGUAUACUUUGGCGGAAAAAUAUAUGGUGGGAAAAUCAUGUUAUAUAUACUAUAACAUAAACCUCUGGUAUUGCAACCUUCAUUAUUUCAUAAUCUUGUGAUAGUUGCACAUGCAAACGUUGAAGAGGUGCAUGGCCGCUCCUAAUAGGUCUCCUGAGUAUUCACUUCAUGGAAAGGUAUCUUCGAAGAGUGAUGGAGAUGGCAGCGGCCUUCUAUUGUCGUCACAGCUACAUGAAGACAUGUCCGAAUACAUUCUUGACAGUCCUCUCCCGAAUGUUCCAAGAAAUCCAACACAGUGGGGUGUUAAUGCUAGUGACAUCGCUAACUUGACUGCUCCCGACUCCGACAAGGAUGAACGAGGCGGGCAAUUAACAGCUCCCAUGAGAAAGAAUAGAAGGCUAUUUGAUACACCAAGGGGAACUGCAUCAGCCCCUGCCAAGCGUUCCAGAGGAGCUUCUUGUUCUAAAGUGACUCGAAAGAGUACGAAGAUGACUUUCAAGCCUCAUCAUGAUAUGGACCUUAAUCGGGCUGAUACUGUGCUAUUCAAGUUUUUGUUUUCUGAUGGGCACCCUUUAGAAGAGACCCUAGUUAGGAUGCGCGAAUAUCGCCUGACCAGACGUCAAAUUCAAUCUCUCGUGCCCGGCCGUGAGAUUGAUGCCAGGGUUGUUGAAAUGGUUGCGAUGCGGAAUGCAUGCUCGAUACAACACCUGAGACAUGCACACUACUGGAAUCUUCCUCCCAAAUUUGCUGAUGAUGUGAUCCGAGGUGUAUCAACAGAGGAGCUCCUUGAAAGAUAUGUCCCAUUUUGGGUCAAACCAAGCAGAUAUCUUGAUCAUAUAUUUGUUCUCGUAGAAGACAUCUUCAUGCACUGGUGGUGUAUGGUCAUUGACUUCCCUAACCAAUGUGCUUACUUAUUGGACUCGUGGCCAGAGCCAAACAUGGUCACUGAUAGGGAGAAACUUAUGCGGACAAUGCUAGGGAGGCUUCAUGAGGUGAUGACUUCUCCAGCUUAUGGACCUGCUACAGUUUACACUCCUAGCAAGCUUCCUGACUGGCCAAUUCGUAGAGGCCAAGGAAUCCCCAAAUGCAAUACAAGUAACAACUCUGCUUCUUGGGUGAUAUCAUGGCUACACCCUGAGAGAAAUUUCAACCCAUUACAAAUAAGUGGAGUGCUUGAUGAUUAUAUUCUGCGUGGGAAUACUGCUGUUUUGCUUGCUGGAGGAACAUUCAAUGCAAUUGGAAAUUUGGUGAGGAUUUGGGCUGCAGAUUGGCACGGAGGUGUAUAGGAAGGAGCAUACAUUGAUAUCGUUACCAAGUUUUUUACAGUCGUGAUUUCAGAUGGACUAAAUUUAUAGUUCACUCCAUGGGAUGUGAUAAGUCCAUGGCCUAAAUAAGCUCCUUUGGGUAUGAAACAUGACCCAAAGUUGGCAGCAAUGUUUAGAAUUUAUUAACUAUUUCGUAUUGUUUUGUGUGGUUUGUAACCGUAAUAUUUUAUGCAAUGAUGGUGGUUGUAUUGGUAUUAAAUUUAUCCGAAAACUUAGUUAUAAUUAUUAAUUA